ACGCGCUUUCUGCAGCUGACACUGACAGCUCUUUGAGCGGCACUGACAUAGCUUCUUUAUUUACUUAAUACUUUCUUUCAAGUGUAGAUACACUUUAUCCUUCUUCAACUCCUUACACGACCAUGUUCACCAACAUUCCUCCAAGCGUCGACGAAAUUGUCGACAAGCAGCUCUUUAUUGGCAACCUGUCCGCUGCAGUGUCUUCCGAAUUGCGAAAGCAACUAGGAAUAACACACAUUCUCUCCGUCUGUCCCGAAUUUCCUUCGACGGGGUUGAAUCACUUGACGAUUGCUGUAGACGACAGCGAGUAUGAAGACCUUCUCAUUCGCCUUCCUGAAGCCUGUCAAUUCAUCCAAAAUGCUCUCAGUAAUGGAGGCAAGGUCUUGGUUCAUUGUGUGAUGGGUGUGUCCCGGAGCGCCACCGUUCUUUCUGCGUACUUAAUGCAAUCUCGGAAACUCAACCCGUCUCAAGCUCUGGAGCUGAUUCGGACUCGCCGACCUUGCGUUCAACCCAAUUAUGGUUUUCUCAAGCAGCUUGACGCUUUCGGUCAAUGCGGCUACAACCCGUCAGCUGAACACCCCGCGUACAUUUCAUGGAAGCGUCGACAGGAACAAGACGUCACUGUGUUCUUAAACCAGAUGAUUGACACUAUUCCUGUAAUCCGACAACAAUUAUAUCUUUGCAGUGAGUUUCCAGACGAUGUGGAACAAACCCAGUCCCUUCUUUUUGAGUUCGGUAUCACUCAUUUGCUCUCCAUUUCUCCUUCCACGACCAUCCCGAGUCCGACAACCCUCGUCCAACACCACCACAUCUCCGAUUCGCAGCAGGAACGCGAUACGAUUUUGCUUGCCCUGCCAGAGGCGUGCAAUUUCAUCAAACAGGCGAUAGCUGACGGGGGUGUGGUUCUCGUUUAUUCGGAAAUAGAAUCCAAGGCCGUUCUUGCUUCGUAUGGAUAUCUAAUGUGUUCUCGUGGACUCACGCCCAAGCAGGUGUAUCAGCAGCUGACCGAAGCUCUCCCUCUCUUCAACCGCACGUCCAACUUCACCCGGCAGCUGGAAUUAUUCGACGCAUGUUCAUUCGCUCCGACAUCUGACCAUCCACUGGUCAAGGAAUGGCUCAACUCUGGUGCAUCCUCCGGCUGGAAUAGUCGGCGAGGAUCAUCAAAUUCGUCAGACGUCGCCGCCGCACUCAGUGCAACUGCUCUCAAUGUACUGAGUGACACGGGUAUUGAUUGCAAAGCCUUUGGUGAAACGCUCCACAAGUUACAGAGUACUUCGAGAACGUCUAAAUCACUUGCUAGACUUCAACCCAUUGAAGUUCAAAGUUAAUGCUCACGAUGUUCGGUUGUAAUUUCAUCCUAUGAUCUAUAUGUUGUCACAGUACCCUAUACAUCUGCUAGUAUCGCUUGUAAU